AUGGCCAUCGAAUGGGGAUCCGAGACCAAAGGUGCCGAUGUCGUCAAUGCCUUUCCCAUGAGCGUCAAGAAACGAACAUUCCUCUUGACCGGAGUCAGUGGAACAGGACUAUCAGCAGCAACCGCCGAGGCCCUGGCAAGCGGCGAUGCAGCCGCCAUAAUUCUGAUGGGCAAGUCGCAGGCCGAAGCGCAAGCGAUGAUCGACGACAUCAAUCACCAACAUCCCAAAGUGAAGCUAAUCUUCAUCUCGGUAGAUUUUGGCCGGUUGGCCUCUGUGCGCGAGGCGGCGGAAGCUAUCAAGAAGCUUGAAGUGCCUAUUGAUGGGUUUGUGGGGUUUCCCACGAUAAUGGCCGGGCUAUGGAUGAAGACGGAGGAUGGAAUCGAGUCUCACUUCCAGUGCAACUAUCUCAGCAAUUUCCUCCUGAUCAAUUUGGUGGUGCACUUGAUGCCAGCGGGUUCAAGGGUGGCCAUGGUUUGCUCUAGUAUCCGGCCUGAAGCGCCGCCACCGGCGUGGGAUGACCCUAAUUUCGCAGAUGGAAAGACAUAUCAUCCAUUGGAUGCCUAUGCUCUAUCGAUGUUUGCCAACGUUCAAAUGAUCAACUGUCUGGCUAUCACGGGCUGUGGACGGUCAAUGGGCACCUUUUCUGUCAAUGCCGGAAACACCAAGCCAAGCCUUCAAACCGUUGCUUCGCCAGAGCAGGUAGCUUCAUGGCUCCAAAGGAAGAAAGAGUCCCUGUUUGAAGUGGGGGAAGAUCUACCGCUUCUUCUUCAACAAGCGCCAAAGUCGGCGUCGCAGGGAAUUGCCACGAUUCUCAGAGCUCUUCUGGAUCCGGAUAUCAGCGAACGCUCUGGCGCAUACCUCGACAAUUGCCACAUUCUUGCUCUGCCGAACAUUGACUUUCCUGCUGGUGAGGAAAACGGUCGAGCGUUGUGGACACGGAGUGAGCAGCUGGUAGGGCAGGAGUUUAAACGUCUCUAG